AUGCCAAGCAAUGCCAAGACGCAGGUCCAAAACGGUAUUGAUAUGGCCACGAAGCUAAGCCAUGUGCAAGGCAUGGGCCCGAAAAGUGCUGAUGUGAGCGAGGGUGGCGUGGCAAAACCGAAAAGUGCUGAGAAGGACGAGAAUGGCGUAGAGUCGCCUCAGAAAAUCGCCCUGGUACCGUUCGUAGCGGACCCAGUACACCAAUACGACGGCGACGGCAAUGCUUCUUGCGCCAGGGAACGCUCUGUCCAGGACGACUUUCAGCUUGCAGUCCAGCAGACCCUCGCCGACCAUGCCAAAGAAGUUGAAGACCAAGGCGAUAGCCACGGUCACCCGCGAGAUACGGGUGCAGGGGAGGGCAAUGACGAUCUUGAAAACGGGGCCAAGAAGGAGGAAGCAAUCGGCAGCGGAGGCACUCACGAAUCUGCAUCUUUAGCUGAACACCCGUUGCAGAGCGCCGUCACGUCGUUUGACAUGGCGUUGGGAGAGCUCAAUCAGCUAGUCCAUCUUGUCGAUCUGGCCCGGGCGGGCGAGUUCAUGGCACUGGAGAGGGUGACACCAAGUGACGAGGACCAAGCCAGGGCAAUGUCUGACCAAUCGGCGAGACCUGGAGACGGUGUACCGCCGGAAGCUCUCCCAUCGUUGGUGACCAUGAAGAGGAGCCAGUUGAAAGGGGCGGCCGAGCAGCUUCGCGAACGAGCCAAGCGACUCCGAGAAACGACUAAAGUGCAACUGGUGUUUCAGCAAGGCGUGGUGCAUCUGAGGAAGAGUUGGAGAAUAGUGGCCCCGAACCAUGGCAAGGUCAACGUGCCGCUUCAAGUGGGCGAACCGCUGUCAGUCGACUGCAGUUUCGGAAGUGCCGGUGGCAAGUCUGUGCCGUUCACCGCGGCUGCGGGUACCCGACACAGGCAUCCGUGGCUGUUCCAACUGACGUGCGGUGAGGGCGGGCGGCUGGAGGCGCAACCCUCGAAUACGCAGGGUCUCAAGGCAUUUGAAGUCCAGCUCGUAUCGGUUCAAACCGGCAUGUGCGAACACUCCCUUAGAGCUAGCUUUCCUGCACGAAGCGAUCGAUGCAGAAGGACGGACGCGGCAGCGGGAGACUGUCGAAAACCACCACCCGCAAGUAAUGGAGGAGCGGAGCUCAAGUUGGAGAGACGGAGCGAUGUUCGGAUGGAUGACCUUGAGCAACACAUAUCUCGCCUACAGCAUAGCGUCUUUUGGGAGGAGGUCUUUGAAACUCUCAAGGCAGAGGCUUUGGUUGACGGGAAGGAUGGAUGGCUGGUUCAUCAAGAUGCGAGAUGCGGCUCGGAUGUUGUCGGACCUCGUACGGGGACGCCGGCGAUGGCGCCUGAAGUGGUCGGAAGGAUAGAAUCAGGAGCAAAACGGAGAUUAGUAGGCUUGAGCCCACGAGGGAUGACGACUUCCACUCUGAACGCUAGGGCUCGGGUGGCGCACGUGUUGGACGACGAAGUAAUGGUGGAAAUGGACAGCCACUCUCUCUUGGGGUAUAGAUUGGUCUCAGCGAACCCAGGAGGUUGCAGGGAGGGUUGUCAGUUCAAAAAGUCCUGUGAGCCGGGAAGUAGGAGCAUGGAUUUCUGCCGAAUCUGGAGGGAGCACAACGGGAGGUGCCACGACGGGGGGGCGAUUGUCGGCCGCGAGUACGUGGAAGUCGGUUGGACGUGUGUUGCUACACCACCUUUUUCGCUCGGAGGUUGUCCAGGGAGUGGCGAACGUGAGUCGCUCUACGCAAAAGAUCGGUCUUCCGUUGGCCGUGCGAUGGACGCACUUGGAGGAGACCUACCGCACUAGUGCUCUUACUUUGACCGUAGGGCACUGCUUCCAUUUUAGGGCGUCCUUGGACGAUGGAUGCGGGAUCGUUGUGAGUGCCCUCCCUGGUCUGCAGAACCACGCAGAUCAGCGAAGUGUGGAGCUGCAGUCUGCACGAGACCUUGAGCAUUUUCUGCUCCGCGAGGUUUGUCGUCAAAUCGUGCUUACAUUUGGGGAUAUCACUGCGUCGUGGACAAGCGGGGUUAUGUCGGAGGGAGCGGCUUGUUUCAGGGUUGAGCUUGAGCCAGCCGCAAUCUAUCUCUUGCCAAGCCCGAAAACAGAGGAAUCCGGUCCCAAAUCUACGGAGGAACCCCGUGGAAGCAGCUGCGAGGUCCGGGUUUAUGUCCAAGGGGCGGGAGUUCAGAUCGCGUGCAGCAGCUGGUCAACCUCGGGAUGUACACCAAACGGGCAAGGUCCCCGAAAUGAAGGCAAGGCUGGUUUUUUGACAGACACCACCCCAGCACGGCCUUCAGAAACAUCGAGCACCACCGCUGCUACCCUGGAAGUGAAUGUAGCAGAAUGGGACAAGCUGGAUGGACGAGAUCUCUUCCAAAAGUUUUCCAGCCUGCUAGGGAUAUUGUAUCCGUUGUGAAUAAAAAUGUGACUUAGUAUCUCGCAUCGUGGAGAAUCCAUUGUGGGAUCAGUUAGAUUUGGUCGACACGAUCCAAGCCUGUGCCGGGAGGUCCUGCAUUCGCUGUACCCGGCGUGCGAAAAAUCCCAGCCAGAUCAAGC